AUGUUUAAAAUAUUUAAAAGUUUAAUAACACUAUUACACUUAGCCAUAUUCCUGCAAUGCAGUGCAGCUCAGCAUAAUCCUCAUUGGUGGAAUAACCGCAAUACCAUAGUCCAUCUAUUCGAAUGGAAAUGGCUGGAUAUAGCCCGGGAAUGUGAAGAGUUUUUGGCGCCUAGAGGUUAUGCGGGCGUACAAGUGUCGCCGGUGACGGAAAAUGUUAUUGUGGCAAAUCGUCCCUGGUGGGAACGUUAUCAACCGAUCUCCUAUAAAUUACUAACACGUUCGGGUACGGAACAAGAAUUUUCGGAAAUGUGUCGUCGUUGCAAUAAUGUGGGCAUACGUAUUUAUGUGGAUGUUCUUCUAAAUCAUAUGGCUGCCGAUCAAUAUCAAAUGGCUGUGGGCACGGCUGGCUCUAUAGCUGAUCCGGCUGCGAAAUCUUUCCCUUCAGUACCCUAUACUGAAUUAGAUUUUCAUGCCACUUGUGAGAUUUGGGAUUGGAAUGAUCGUUAUCAGGUGCAAAAUUGUGAGCUGGUGGGUUUGAAAGAUUUGGAUCAGAGCAAUGAAUGGGUUAGAGAUUGUUUGGUAGAGUUUUUGGAUCAUUUGGUGGAGUUGGGUGUAGCUGGAUUCCGUGUGGAUGCAGCCAAACAUAUGAAGGCUUCAGAUUUGGAAAUAAUCUACAAACGUGUUCGUGAUUUAAAUGUUGAUCAUGGCUUUGAGCCCAAUUCCCGCCCCUUUAUCUAUCAGGAAGUUAUUGAUCAUGGCCAUGAAACUGUUAGCAAAUAUGAAUACAAUCUAUUGGGUGCUGUUACAGAGUUUCAAUUCUCCGAGGAAAUUGGUAGAGCAUUCCGUGGCAAUAAUCAAUUGAAAUGGCUAAGGAACUGGGGUCCUCAGUGGGGUUUCCUGCCCAGUGAUCACGCUUUAGUAUUUGUGGACAAUCAUGAUAAUCAGCGUGAUGGCGGCCAGGUUUUAACCUAUAAAAAUUCUAAACAAUACAAAAUGGCCACUGCUUUUGCAUUGGCUUAUCCUUAUGGCAUAACACGCAUUAUGUCUUCCUUCGAUUUUACAGAUCGUGAUCAGCCACCACCACAUACAAAUGAACAAGAGAUUCUAUCUCCAGAAUUUGAUGAGUUAACGGGAGCUUGUCUUAAUGGCUGGAUUUGUGAACAUAGAUGGCGCCAAAUCUAUAAUAUGAUUGAGUUUAAAAAUGUUGUGGGUCCAGCGGGCAUAAAUGACUGGUGGGAUAAUGGUGAUAAUCAGAUUGCCUUUUGUCGUGGUGAUCGUGGUUUUGUGGCUUUCAAUGGCCAGCAAUAUGAUUUGAGGCAACGUUUAAUGACCUGUUUGGAGCCGGGUUUAUAUUGUGAUGUUAUUACGGGCUCUAAAAUCAAUGGCAAAUGUACGGGCAAGACAAUUGAAGUGGAGUUGUGGGGUUAUGCUGACAUUUUUAUUGGUUGGCAAGAAGAGGAUGGUGUGGUGGCUAUACAUAGAGAGUCUAAAUUGUAAAUAA